AUGAGUCUUCCAGUAAAGCCAAUCGACAGCUGGUCAAGAGGAAUCCGCCGUCGUCUUCUCGUGGAACCGACUAUUGAAUCUCUCCACCCAACACUUUCACUCGAAAUGGAACCAAAUGGGCCCCAUCUUUGUGAAUGUGCAAUCUCCGGCGGAAUGAUAGAGAUCAGUAACGAGCUUCAUCGUCUCCGGCAGGCACUUGCAGAUAAGGAGGCCAAACUAACUGAAGCGCAGCUUGAGGCAUUAGCUCGUUCGCACCAGCUGGAGCAACUACGUGACUUAGUUGCUAGACUAGCUGGGGAGUUGGCCGAUCUACGCUCAAGAAAUGACCAAUUGACGGCUAAUGUUUCAGUCGUUCCAGAGCAGAGACCAACCGGACCACUAGUUUCCAAAACAAGAGAUGGAAUCAGCGGAAGUGUCAGCAUGGAAGGGACGUCUUUUAAGAAAUUGGGCCUUUCUGAGCGCUUGAUAGGUAAGAUUGCAGUUUACCAUGCAAAUAAAAAAAUAUAUUAUUUAUUUAUUUGA